CCAGCCUCUCCAGGCCCCGCCUCGGGUCGGCGGCGGACUACAAAUGGACGUGAGCGGCGGCGGCCCGUUAGUUAGCGGCUCCGGAGCGACGCGGCCGCGGUCCUCGAGGCGACGGGCCCGACGCGGACGGGCCGAACGCGCCGGCGGGGCGGGCACGCGGGCUACGGCGGCCGGCGGGGGGCGGCGGCGGCGGUUGCCCGAGUGUCCGGAGGUGGGGCCGCGGGCCUCGCGCGCUGCGAACCGGCGGGCCUCGGCUGAGCCGCGGCCGGGUGCUGGCUGAGGCCAUGGGCGACCGCGGCGGCGCCGGCGGUUCCCGGCGUCGGAGGACGGGGUCGCGGCCCUCGAGCCACGGGGGCGGCGGGCCUGCGGCGGCGGAAGACGAGGUGCGGGAUGCCGCUGCGGGCCCCGACGUGGGAGCCGCGGGGGACGCGCCGGCCCCGGCCCCCGGCAAGGACGGAGACGCCGGCGUGGGCAGCGGCCCCGGGGAGCUGAGGUGCCAUCGCCUGCAGGAUUCUUUGUUCAGCUCUGACAGUGGCUUCAGCAACUACCGUGGCAUCCUGAACUGGUGUGUGGUGAUGCUGAUCUUGAGCAAUGCCCGGUUAUUUCUGGAGAACCUCAUCAAGUAUGGCAUCCUGGUGGACCCCAUCCAGGUGGUAUCUCUGUUCCUGAAGGAUCCCUACAGCUGGCCUGCCCCAUGCCUGGUUAUUGUGGCCAAUGUCUUUGCUGUGGCCGGGUUCCAGAUUGAGAAGCGCCUGGCGGCGGGUGUCCUGACGGAGCAGGCGGGGCUGCUACUGCACGUGGCCAACCUGGCCACCAUUCUGUGCUUCCCGGCGGCCGUGGCCUUGCUGGUCGAGUCCAUCACUCCAGUGGGCUCCCUGCUGGCACUGAUAGUGCACACCAUCCUCUUCCUCAAGCUCUUUUCCUACCGAGACGUCAACUUGUGGUGCCGCAGGGCCAGGGCCAAGGCUGCCUCUGCAGGGAAGAAGGCCAGCAGUGCCGCCGCCCUGCACACCGUGAGCUACCCAGACAACCUGACCUACUGCGAUCUCUACUACUUCCUCUUCGCCCCCACCUUGUGUUACGAGCUCAACUAUCCCCGCUCUCCCCGAAUCCGGAAGCGCUUUCUGCUGCGACGGCUCCUCGAGAUGCUAUUUUUCACCCAGCUCCAGGUGGGGCUGAUCCAGCAGUGGAUGGUCCCUACCAUCCAGAACUCCAUGAAGCCCUUCAAGGACAUGGACUACUCACGCAUCAUCGAGCGCCUCCUGAAGCUGGCGGUCCCCAACCACCUUAUCUGGCUGGUCUUCUUCUACUGGCUCUUCCACUCCUCCAUGAAUGCUGUGGCUGAGCUCAUGCAGUUUGGAGACCGGGAGUUCUACCGGGAUUGGUGGAACUCCGAGUCUGUCACCUACUUCUGGCAGAACUGGAAUAUCCCCGUUCACAAGUGGUGCCUCAGACAUUUCUACAAGCCCAUGCUUCGAAGGGGCAGCAGCAGGUGGAUGGCCAAGACAGGGGUGUUCCUGGCCUCGGCCUUCUUCCACGAGUACCUGGUGAGCAUCCCUCUGCGAAUGUUCCGCCUCUGGGCGUUCACGGGCAUGAUGGCUCAGGUCCCACUGGCCUGGUUCGUGGGCCGCUUUUUCCAGGGCAACUAUGGCAACGCGGCCGUGUGGGUGACGCUCAUCAUCGGACAGCCAAUAGUCGUGCUCAUGUACGUCCACGACUACUACGUGCUCAACUACGAGGCCCCAGCAGUAGGGGCCUGAGCUGCACCCAAGCGCCUGGCUUCUCACUGCCACCUCGCACCUGCUGCCAGAGCCAGCCUCUCUUCCUGGGCCUCGAGUGCUCGGGACAGGCCUGGCUGCACAGCACCCGCCUCCUGCCCCAGGGAGGCCUCUCUGCCCCUAUGGGGCUCUGUCCUGCACCCCUCAGGGAUGGCGACAGCAGGCUGGUGCCAGCUGGGAGCCUUGCCGACCCUGCCCUGGGGUCUGACAGUGUCAAUAAAGUGCUGUCCAGUCAC